AUGAAAGUCACAGGAAUCUGGGUCUACCCUAUCAAGGGACUUCGCGGCAUCCCGCUCCACAACGCUCGCCUUGGCCCUUCGGGAGUGCAGCAUGAUAGACGGUUCAUGCUUUUCAAGGUCAAAGAGAAUGGGGAUUUGCAGAAGCUGCAGCUUGAUAGGUUUCCCGCCUGCAGCCGCUUCAUCCCGGAGAUUGUAGGCGAUGAGAUACAUGUUCGAUAUAUGCCUCCAGAGGUGCCGCUGGUGCCAGAAUGCCUGGAACAGAGUGUUGUUCUUCGCGUGCCCCUGUAUCCUGACUUAUCGAGGCUUGACAAGCAAGUGAUCAACCUUCAUCAGGCACUGGUUAACGCUUACCGUAUGGGAGAUCAUUUUGACAAGUGGUUUACUGCUUGCUUCGGUUUCGAAACCAUCUUCUUCUACAUUGGCGACGAGCGUCGUCCAGUGCUAGGAACCAACUCACCUAGAAGCCAACCACUGGUUACUGCUGCGCCUCCUACCCAAGGCUGGCUCCCCUAUCUGUACAGCUACAUAUGGGGCGGAUACGACUACGUAUGGGGUGGACGAGAUCAACACCAAGCCGAGCCAAAGCCCGAGCCAGACUGGCUGGCCUUUGCCGACAUGGCCGCCUAUCUCGUCGUGACCGAGAAGUCGCUCCGCAACGUCAACGCGCGCUUCUCCAACACCAAUAACGCCGUGGAUAUUGUAAAGUUCCGUCCCAACAUCGUGGUAGAUGGCGAGGUCGACUUCGACGAGGACUUUUGGGCCGAGCUGUCCAUCAGCGGCCGUCCCGUCCUCGCCCUGACCAAGCUGUGCGACCGAUGCACCUCCCUCAACGUGGACUACGACACGGGGCGCUUUGGCGAGGGAGAAAAGGGCACGCUGCUCAAGAAGCUGAUGGCUGAUCGACGGGUCGACAUUGGCGCUAAAUGGGAGCCCGUCUUUGGUAAAUACGCCUUUUUGGUGGACGGCCUGGAUGGCGCUGACGUUUCGGUCGGAGACGAGGUGGCUGUGACGAAGAGGACGGCUGAGAGACCGGCGGCUGACUGGGCGUACGCGGAUAAGACGAUUGCCCGCUUCUACCGUUAUUCGUGA